AUGGGCGACGCGUCAAGGGCAGACGUCACAGGUCGCCGGGCGGUCUGGUUGGUCGGUCAAUUCCUGUGGUGCGUAUCUCACAUUCUGCCGCUGGCUCAGCCACGUCUAGCUCAACCGAGUCAACCCCACGCCUGCAUAGAAGCAGCCCAACUCUGUGGCCGGCAUGGGCACGAUGCGUCGGAUGCCCACCCCCAUGUUCGUGGCCGCGAUGUCCCCAUGGCCCAUGCCGGUGCACCUUGCACUCGGAGGGACGAUACGCGGGGGCCCAUUGGCGAUAGCUUCAACGCCGGUGCCUGGGUAGUAUUGGUUUUGUCGGCGCUUUGCUCGGCAGUGAUCCUCGUCAUGGUUUAUUAA